CUUUCUCUUAUUGAAAACUUAGUAAAUGGUCAGUUUUCAUUCUUUCUUCUUGGAAAUGAAAGACGAGAGAGGCGACUAAAGAGUGCUUGGGCCAAAUUAAUCCAAUAAAAUCGAUACGGUAAGGCUUCAUCCAGUCAACCAAUUGGAUACCCAUUUCGUUUAAAAUCACAAUUCUGUGUCAGAGGAAGGUUGUCGAUGGAUGCCGCCAACCCCAGCAAUGGCGAUGAGGAAUCCAUUAUCACUCCCUUGCUUGCUCCUCAGAGAUUGCUUGUCAAUUCUUCCUCACAGGUCGCCCUUGUUGGCGCUAAUAUCUGCCCCAUUGAAAGCCUUGAUUACGAGAUUUUUGAUAAUGAUUUCUUCAUGCAAGAUUGGAGGAGUCGUGAGGAUUUUCAGAUAUUUCAAUACUUGGUUAUUAAAUGGUUGUCUUGUUUCUUGAUCGGUCUGAUUAUGGGUCUUGUUGGGUUCUUCAACAAUCUGGCGGUGGAGAAUAUUGCAGGGAAGAAGUUUGUUGUUACUUCGAAUAUGAUGCUUGAGGGCAGGUAUUGGAUGGCUUUUCUUGUUUUCUCUGUUUCAAAUCUACUUCUCACCCUAUUCGCAUCUGUCAUUACGGCAUUGAUCUGCCCCCUAGCAGCCGGCUCAGGUAUACCAGAAGUAAAGGCUUAUCUGAAUGGUGUGGACGCCCCAGGAAUAUUAUCGCCCAGGACAUUGUUAGUGAAGAUUAUUGGCAGCAUUGCUAUCGUGUCGUCAUCUAUGGUCGUUGGAAAAGCUGGGCCUAUGGUUCAUACCGGGGCAUGUGUUGCAUCCUUGGUAGGUCAGGGGUGUUUCAAAGUAUUUGGUUUAACUUGGAGAUGGCUAUACCAUCUCAAGAAGGAUCGAGAUAGGCGGGAUCUUGUAACAUGUGGUGCUGCUGCUGGAAUCGCUGCUGCUUUUCGUGCUCCCGUUGGGGGCGUGUUGUUUGCUUUUGAAGAGAUGGCAUCAUGGUGGAGAAGCGCCCUUCUGUGGCGAGCAUUUUUCACGACGGCUAUCGUUGCUGUCGUAUUACGCUCACUGAUCGAUGUUUGUUUGAAUGGAUUAUGUGGAUUGUUUGGUAAAGGGGGACUCAUAAUAUUUGAUACCUACUCAGACUUCCCCUCAUAUCACCUCAAAGAUCUACCUCCUGUGCUUGCCCUUGCUUUCAUUGGAGGCAUUCUUGGAAGCUUUUAUAAUUUUCUUUUAACCAAAGUUCUUCGUGUUUACAAUCUCAUACAUGAGAAAGGCAUUGUUUACAAAGUUUUACUGGCUUGCUCUGUCUCGAUUUUCACGUCAUGUCUUCUUUUCGGAUUACCGUGGUUCGCAUCGUGCCAACCUUGCCCGUCAAGUGCUCGAGAAAUCUGUCCUACGAUAGGUCGAUCGGGUAACUUCAAGAAGUUUCAGUGUUCUUCUGGUCACUACAAUGAUCUUGCAAGUCUUAUAUUUAACACCAAUGAUGACGCCAUAAAGAACCUCUUUAGCAAAGGCACAGACUCUGAGUUUCAAUUCUCAUCAAUGCUCACAUUUUUCGUUACAUGUUUUUCGUUGAGCGUUCUUAGUUACGGUACGGUUGCUCCGGUUGGCUUGUUUGUUCCUGUUAUUGUGACAGGAGCUUCUUAUGGUCGUUUUGUUGGAAUGGUUGUCGGUCCAUACACGAACCUUAGCCAUGGCUUCUUUGCCAUAUUGGGUGCUGCUUCGUUUCUCGGGGGGUCGAUGAGGACGACCGUUUCUUUAUGUGUUAUUAUGCUCGAAUUGACCAAUAAUUUGUUGCUGCUGCCUUUAGUAAUGUUGGUUCUCCUUAUUUCCAAGACUGUGGCUGAUGCUUUCAACUGUAAUAUUUACAACCAGAUCAUGAAAGCCAAGGGGUUCCCUUACCUAGAAGGCCAUGUUGAGCCAUACAUGAGGCAGCUGACUGUUGCCAGUGUGUUAACAAGUCCACUUCAAUUAUUCCGUGGCAUCGAGAAGGUUCGUAACGUAGUAAACGUUCUCAAAUGGACGAGCCAUCACGGAUUUCCCAUCAUCGAUGAGCCUCCUUUCUCGGAAUUCCCUGUUUUAUAUGGUCUAAUUCUCAGAGCUCAUCUCAUCGUGUUGUUAAAGAAGAAAGCUUUCUUGUCGGUUCCAACACUAGGAUUAGAAAGACAGGAUGCCUUAAAGCUAUUAUCAGCUGAUGAUUUUGCAGUGAUGGGUUCGGGCGAUGUCGAUCGGAUUGAAGAUAUUCAGUUGACUGAUGAAGAGAUGGAGAUGUUCAUCGAUCUACAUCCAUUCGCUAAUACCUCGCCUUGUACUGUCUUGGAAACGAUGUCAUUAGCAAAGGCUUUCGCAAUUUUUCGAGAAACUGGUUUAAGACACAUGCUGGUGAUGCCUAAGGUCCCCGGGAGAUCGCCCGUGGUCGGUAUAUUGACUCGGCACGACUUUAUGCCGGAUUACAUUCUGAGUUUGCAUCCAUUGCUAGAGAAGAGCAGAUGGAAAAGGUUAAGAAUCAAAUUUCAUCUGAAGAAAAAAUUCUUCUAGUGGAUCACCAAACAUAUAGAAAGGGCAAGUGAUCAACAAUCACUACACAGGAACUGUUAGAACAUCACAUUAUAAAAACUUUAGUAAAAAUUGUUUACCUUCUAAUUGAGAAAGCGUUUUUCUUAUGAA